AUGUCAGACUUGAAAGACACUCAGAAGGAAGAAACAAUGACCCAGGAUGGGAAGGCAGCUGAAGAGGACAUUACAAAGCAGGAGGAUGAAGCUGAGCAGGACAUCCCAAGGGAUGAAAGUAACUAUCCAGCCACUGGGCCUGUGUGGGAUCUCGCGCGGGCGCGCGAGAUCCCCUGCGCACCUCUCAACACCAGUUAUGUGGACUGCGUCAAGACCAACAUCCAGUACUGA